CUGUUAAAUAGAUGAUAGAAUUAUACUUUCAAUAGUCACAGACUCACACCCAUUUUUCCAAUUCCGUCUAAAUCUUCUUACUUUUCCAAUUCAAUUACGAAAUUCUCUUCUCUCUUUCCUCCAAAAAUUCCUACCUUUAUCAAAGUUUCAACUUUCAACACAACAAAGCUUCUUCUUCUUUGAAUCAAUAAUUCACAUCAUCCAUGGUGAAUUCAGCUUUCAACUCUCUAUACCCUUGAUGAUUGAUUUCCACAGUUCCUUCAUCUGGGUAUCCUCAAUUACCUCCAAUCUUGAAGCACCCUUCGGUUCUGUGGUCAAAGUUUGUGUCUUUGACAUUUUCUCUUCUUCCAACGGUGCCAUAAAAAAAUGGGUGGUGGGAGUGAGAAGAACUCCAAGGCCAUGAUGGUUGUGGCGCGUUUGGCUGAGUCCAUAAAGGAGAUUUCAGGGCUUCCAGAGUGCAACAACGUUUGCAAGAGGAUUUAUGGGAAUCUGGUUAGGAGGGUGAAGCUUUUGAGCCCUCUCUUUGAAGAAUUGAAGGACAGUGAUGAUGAGUCCCUCCUCAGUGAUGAACAAGUUGCAGCUUUUGAGUGUCUCAACGUUGCAUUGGAUUCAGCUAACACCCUUCUUAACUCUGUGAACCAUGGGAGUAAGCUUUAUCAGGCUUUGCAGAGAAAUGAUAUAAUAGUUAAGUUCCAACAAAUAACUGAAAAAAUUGAAGAGGCAUUGUGUGGAAUUUCCUACGACAAACUUGAGAUAUCGGAGGAAGUUCAGGAACAGAUUGAACUGGUGCAUGCUCAAUUCAAAAGAGCCAAAAAUCCUACAGAAUUUGCUGAUUUACAACUAGAUUUGGAUAUGGAAGUAGCACAGAAAGAAAAAGACCCUGAUCCUGCUGUCCUCAAAAGACUUUCCGACAAGUUGCAUUUGAGGACUAUAAAUGAUCUGAAGAAAGAGUCUGGUGAGUUACACGAAUUGGUUAUCACAAGUGGUGGGGAACCAGGAGAAUAUUUUGAGACAAUAACAUCCCUUCUUAGGAAACUGAAGGACUGCGUGUUAACCGAAAAUCCUGAGGUUGAUAACAAUGAUGAUGGAAAAGUGCCAAUUAAGCACAGGUCUCCGGUAAUCCCAGAUGAUUUUCGAUGUCCUAUAUCUCUUGAACUGAUGAAAGAUCCUGUAAUUGUCUCUACUGGUCAGACAUAUGAAAGAUCAUGCAUUCAGAAAUGGCUUGAUGCUGGUCACAAAACCUGCCCCAAGACGCAGCAGACACUUUUGCAUACUGCCCUUACCCCUAACUAUGUUUUGAAGAGUUUGAUCGCUUUAUGGUGCGAAAGCAAUGGUGUCGAGCUACCGAAGAAGCAGGGGAGCUGUAGAGCAAAGAAAUCCGGAAGCAAUCAUUCGGAUUGUGACAGAACUGCUAUUAACACAUUAUUGGAUAAACUAGCAAACGGUGAUAUGGAGCAGCAGAGAGCAGCUGCUGGUGAACUCCGGUUGCUGGCUAAAAGGAAUGCAGAUAACCGAGUGUGUAUUGCUGAGGCAGGAGCAAUACCACUUCUUGUGGAAUUGUUGUCUUCUUCGGAUCCUCGAACGCAGGAGCAUGCGGUUACAGCACUUCUUAAUCUUUCAAUCAAUGAGAGCAACAAAGGAACUAUAGUAAAUGCAGGAGCUAUACCGGAUAUCGUAGAUGUACUGAAAAGUGGCAGCAUGGAGGCUAGAGAAAACGCAGCUGCAACACUCUUUAGCUUAUCCGUUCUAGAUGAGAACAAGGUUGCAAUAGGAGCAGCUGGAGCUAUCCCAGUUCUUAUAAAGUUACUUUGCGAAGGUACUCCGAGAGGUAAGAAGGAUGCUGCUACUGCGAUCUUUAAUCUCUCCAUCUAUCAAGGAAACAAAGCAAGAGCCAUCAAAGCCGGUAUAGUAGCCCCAUUAAUGCGAUUUUUGAAGGAUGCCGGGGGUGGUAUGGUAGACGAAGCACUAGCUAUAAUGGCAAUCCUUGCAAGCCACCAUGAAGGAAGGAUAGCAAUCGGUCAGGCUGAGCCAAUCCCUAUUCUAGUGGAGGUUAUACGAACGGGGUCUCCACGCAACAGGGAGAAUGCCGCGGCCGUAUUGUGGUCGCUUUGCACGGGAGAUCUAAUGCAAUUGAAACUAGCAAAGGAACUUGGCGCAGAAGAAGUGUUACACGAAUUAUCUGAAAAUGGCACUGAUAGAGCCAAGAGAAAAGCAGGAAGCAUAUUAGAAGUCUUACAGCGGAUUGAAGGGGAUCAGAAUGUGCAAAGUUCUUAGCCUAAUGACAAUGUAACUUCAUUAUAUAGCUCAGAUGUUUAGAUGAUAUAUUGUAUUGUAAGCCAUGUCCACCUGGUAUAAUGGUAUAUUAUUCUCCAUUGUUUUUCCUUCACUUUGAUUUCUGUUGCAUUGUUGAUAGAGUUGAGCAUGCAAAAUGCGCAGGAACUUUGUAUUAUGUUGUGGUUGUACUUUUCUGUAAAGAGAAAUGUCAUAAAAUUAGCUAUAAAAGAUGUUAUGUGACGA